UCUUUUUAAUAUUCGUUUAAUUUUUAGUAUAUCCAAAUGCAAUUUGAUGCUUGAGCUCAAAGUCUCAGUAUAACUCCCUUUUUAGGAAUUGAUAGAAACUGUAUAAGAUGGGGCUGUGGCAGUGCCCCAUAUGCACAUACGAUAAUGAUGAUGGCUUGUUAUCUUGUGAUGUGUGUGGUGUUUUUCGUGAUUCCUCUAGCGUUGCUGCAAACAAUGAUGAGAGAAAAGUUUGUGAUUUGGGCAAGGACUCAGGAGCAUCUAUGCUGGCUAAAUCACUUUUUGCCCGAAAACCUCAUGGAGAAACUGAGAAAGAUGUGGUUCUUGAUAAGUUGCUAAGUAAAAGAGUCAAUGAUUCUUAUGAGAAAGGAAAUGCUAAAGGACGUUUCGAUGCUCUUCGGGAAAUGUUUAUGACUCCAAAGCAUAGUAGCUCAAUCAAUAUAGGUUUGACACUCUUUCUCCAUGAUGACUGUUGUUUCUUUUGGAAAGAAUUCUUCGAGAAUCGGUUCAAAAGGUGACUCAGCACCUCCAAGGGCUUCAGGUAAGAAGGGAAUACUCAAGUUUGCACCGAAGAUUGAUAAAACGGAAAAAUCAGCUGCCUCACUGUCUGCAAUUGGUGAUCCUGAUCAAUGUGAGAACAGCAGUGCUAGGGAUAAUGGAGAUGCAUCAGAAAUUCUAUCCAGCAAUCUUCAUCCUCUUAAAUUGGAUAAGAAAUCCAAAGGCACAAGAAAAAUGACUUCUGCUGCUGAAUACAAGCCAGAAAAGUGGGUUUUAUCAGAAGAGGAAGGAUGUUUGAGUCAAUUAAAUCUUGCAAUUGUUGGUCAUGUCGAUUCCGGAAAAUCCACCUUAUCUGGGAGAUUGCUACAUCUUCUAGGAAUGAUUUCAAAGAAAGUAAUGCAUAAAAAUGAGAAGGAAGCCAAAGAAAAGGGGAAAGGAUCAUUCACUUAUGCUUGGGCAAUGGAUGAGAGCACUGUUGCAUAUUUCAAAACUGAGAAAUACCGUGUUGUUUUACUUGAUUCUCCAGGCCAUAAAGAUUUUGUUCCUAAUAUGAUAUCUGGUGUGACACAAGCAGAUGCUGCCAUUCUUGUUGUGGAUGCUUCCAUAGGUUCCUUUGAAGCUGGUUUGGGUGGAAAUGGUUUUGGACAAACGAGAGAGCAUGCACAACUUAUUAGGAGUUUUGGUGUUGAGCAGAUCAUUAUUGCUGUUAAUAAGAUGGAUGUGGUGGAGUACUCAAGGGGAAGAUUUGAUGAUAUUAAAGUGCAACUGGGUUCUUUCCUUCGUUCCUAUGGAUUUAAGGAAUCAAAUGUGACUUGGGUUCCUUUAAGCGUGAUGGAAAAUCAAAAUUUGAUAUCACCUGCUUCGGAUGUUCGUUUGACUUGUUGGUACGAAGGAUGUUAUCUCCUGGAUGCUAUAGAUUCUUUGCAGUCUCCACCUCGGGAAGUUUCGAAGCCACUUCUUUUGCCUAUAUGUGAUGGUAUUUCCUCACAUUCAUUGGGACAAGUGGCUGCUUGUGGUAAAUUGGAGAGAGGAGCUCUUAGAAGUGGAUCUAAGGUACUAGUAAUGCCUUCAGGUGAUUUAGCAACAAUACGGGCUAUAGAGAGAGAUUCUUCUCCAUGCAGUGUUGCAAGAGCUGGAGAUAAUGUUGCUGUAAGUUUGCAAGGAAUAGAUGGCGGUCAUGUAAUUCCUGGCGGGGUGCUUUGUCUCCCAGAUUUUCCUGUGACUGUUGCCUCCACAUUGGAGCUCAAGAUCCUCGUGUUGGCAAUUACAGCACCAAUCCUGAUUGGAUCUCAGGUUGAGUUUCACAUACAUCAUGCAAGGACAGCAGCAAAAGUGGUGAAGAUAUUGUCUUUGAUAGAUCCGAAAUCUGGAAAGUCCUCCAAAAGACCGCCACGUUUGCUUACAGCUAAACAAAGUGCUAUAAUAGAGGUUUCCCUGGAUGAAGCAGUUUGUGUUGAAGCAUUCUCCGAGUGUCGGGUCCUCGGGAGGGUAAUCCUAAGAGCUGCAGGUAAUACUAUUGCAGUUGGUAUCGUGACUCGAGUUAUAGAGCCAGAGACGUAGCUCCUCGGCAAGUGUGCCCAGGUACCGCUCAGAGAAAUGCUAGAAACCGUACAUUGACGAAUAUCACUGAUUUUAGUAUUGUUUCCAUGUUAGCAUGGUUGUAUAGAGACGAAUGGUACAGGAGUUCUCUCUUGCACCUUCCAGGGGAUUCUUGGGCUUGUAGGUUGUGAAUACAGAGUUUGUUUUUGACAUGUAGACUGCUCAAGGUUGUGUUCUCCUGUUCAUAGAAGUGGUCGACUCAUGUAUCAUCAAAUGUCACUGGAUCGAUGGAUCAUAAUAUAUUUUCCCAUGUUAUCAUGGUGUUGUACAGAACCAAA